AUGGCACAAGUACCACUUUGCCUGUACCGAGCCAUCAAAGCUGCCCGUUUCAUCGCGAACCCAGAUAUAACCUUAAAUUAUCUUUCACGAUCACAACUCUUCAAAGGAUAUUCUUCGACUCCAUAUCGGAACCUCAUUGUGCGACCUUUUCUUCGAAUAUCAAGCGAGAUUGGACAGAAGGGGGGAGCGGCUCUCGGUGUCGGCGCAGUGAUGUCCAGCGACGGAGUCGUGUCUGUGGACCAAGCCACGCAACAACUACGCAAGCUGCUUCAAAAGGCCCAAGAGGUUAAAACAAGCGGAAGCAUUGAGCCUCCGCUUCUGGAGUCCGACUUUGAUGGAGCCAUCAACGACAGGAUAUUUCGAAGUGAAGAACAAGGGACCAACAAUACUCAGCAAGCUGAGAUUGGACGACAAGCGCAUUAUGCUAUUAUAGAAACGGCUGUUCGAAACAUCUUUUAUUCUACGCUUGCAACGAUACCAAUCGAUGAUCCCCGAUUCAUUCGAUUAUGGAAUUUACUCGACAUCGUCUCGAUUCUAUCUGACAAUGAGCAAUGCGAACCAGGGCUCAUUUUCUGGCUCAUAGAGGAGCUCCUCGAUAGUCAGACAAUCGACGGUUGCAGAAAAGUGUUUGAUUAUUUGGAGUCUCGGCGGGAGAGACUCACCGCGAAACACUUCAAGCAAAAGAACUUGAUCAUCCUCCGAUCGUGUAACGAACUUCUGCGUCGAUUGUCGCGUGCUGAAGAUGCUGUCUUCUGCGGACGCGUCUUUAUCUUUCUGUUCCAAAGCUUCCCGUUGGGCGAUAAAAGUUCGGUCAAUCUGCGAGGUGAAUAUCAUGUCGAAAAUGUUACAACCUUUGACAAUCUGGCCUCAAAAGAUGGUCAGAUCGCGGACAAAGCGAACGCGGAUAAUCAGAUGGAGGUGGACCUGGUACAAAACGACGCUGAAGCCGAGAGUUCAAAAGAGCGCGAUGACGAGGUAAAGCCUGAGGUUAGCAUAGGAGAUGACAAUUCGACGAAGCCGACGCAGACAACUCAACCUUCUCCCCGUCCUGCUGAAGAGCAAUUGAAAUCCAAGGAGAAAGAGGAUGCGGACAGAUUCUAUUCCAUUUUCUGGAGCUUACAACAGGACUUUUCGAAUCCCACGAGACUGUUUGACCAGACAUACUUUGGCCCCUUUAAGUCCGGGCUUGAGACUGUCGUCGAAAAGUUCAAACAGGUCCAGCAUACACUUGUGCCCUGGGGCUCUGCAAGGGCAUCUGCAGACUACAAGAGAAGCUUGAAACGAAAACGUGCCGACGAGGAUGAUGGAUUUGCAAGCACUUUCAAUCCGAAGUACUUGACAAACAGGGACUUGUUCGACUUGGAGAUCAGCGACCUUGCCUUUCGAAGGCAUAUCCUUGUACAGGCGCUCAUUCUUCUUGACUUUUUAGUUUCACUGAAUCAGAGAUCAAAAAGCAAGUUGACAGGACUCCAGUCGCAAAAUCGAUCUGUAUUAUAUAGUCACACUUUAAGUGAAGAAGACAGUGCAUGGGCCUUCAAGAUUAGAGGUGAGGUCGCAAACUAUUUGCAAGAUGGAAUGGAAGGUAAAUUUUAUUAUCGAAUGGUGGACACUGUACUUUCACGGGACAAGAAUUGGGUACGAUGGAAGGCGCAAAGCUGUCCACCUAUAGAACGGCCGCCUGUUUCAGUACAAGAGCAUCAGGAUGCAAGAGGAGUUGCUCGCAGAAGCUGCGCCAACAAGCGAAUGCGAGCAGCACCUUUAGGAUCUCUGGACUUGAAUUUCUUGAACGACGCCGAAACUCCUAGCGGGCUGGAGAAGCUGAAAGGCUCAGAUAGAUCCGAGAUGCCCAGUGUCGAAUCUUUUGAAAGACCGAUUGAGGGAGAUGACCUUGAUUUGGACAUGGCCAUGACCGACGAGGACAAGCAACUGUCUCUGAACGCAAAAGCUAGUAAAACGUGGCGAGCCUUACGGCUGGCCUCAAGAGGGCGAUUGAAUUUGUUCGACAAGAUCGAAGAUGGCAACAAGCUGCAGAUACUAUUUCGGUCCUAUCGGGGAGAAGAUGGAAAUCAAAACCAAGAUUCUCCAGAAAACAUGGAAAUUCCGGAUGGCGCGCAGGCCAAGCAAGGCGACCAGGAACGGGAAGCUGUUGAUGACGCUUCGCCGAAAGGAGAUCACGACAACGCUAUUUUACAAGAAAAGUCGGCGAAUUUAGCGCCUUCUCAAACGACUGAAGCACAAUCUUCAGGAGCAGAUGAUGCUGUGGUCAAGUAG